CACUUUUAUCAGCUCAUUUCUGGGUUCAGGACAUCUCUCUUUCAAGGAGGCAGCGAGGAUUCCACUUCCCCUGGGGGUAGGGUACUACGAAAGGAAGUUGAUCAUGGAUUAUCAAUAAGCCUAGAAUUGAUUCUUCCUGGGUCGAUGCCCUGAGCGGUUUACUGCUUAUAUAAGUUCUUGAUCUACGUUCACACAUAUCUCAUUCACUGCACAACUUCAUAGCUGCACUGAUACGAUAGACAUGGGUUUUCCGAUGUCCGGAACAACAGUGCUGUACCUCAUCCUCAUUUCUGCAGAGUCCAUUCUCACACAUGUUGAGAGCAGCGUUCCAACUGCUCCUAACUGGGUCAGGGCCACCGCUGGUCCCAAGGUGAACCUGGCACUGUACUACGAGAGCCUCUGCCCGUACAGUGCAGGAUUCAUCACCAAUGACCUGGUGAAGGCCGUGCAAACUCCUGACAUCGAGAGGGUCAUCAAUCUCCGGCUCGUCCCCUGGGGUAAUGCUCGGGUCAACAGAUCCACGAAAGCUGUCCUCUGUCAGCACGGAGAAAGGGAAUGCUACCUCAACACCAUACACGCCUGUGCCAUCCAGUCCUGGCCAGACCAGAAAACGCACUUUGAAUUCAUUAGUUGCAUUGAGGCCAAAGCCUUCGAGGAGUAUGAUUCGGGAUCAAGGGAAACCAUAUGGAAAACGUGUUGCAAGCAGCUGGAGUUAGAUACCUCCCUCAUCUCAAAGUGCUACAAUAGUGGCCUUGGAACAAAGCCAAAUGAAUGCAGCUCGAACUGCAUUAUGGAGCAGAGACGGAUCGGCUCAGUCCUCCGCACAAGUUUGUACCUUGGGUGGUGGUCAACGGUCAACCGAUCAGCGACUACCCCAACUUCAUGCGCUACAUCUGCCUCUACUACAAAGGACCAACUCCUCCCAAAGCUUGCCUCAAAAUCACACCCCAGUCAACUUGAAGAAACAACUCAAGCUGUUGAGUCUCAUCAUAAGAGAAUCGAGAACUACCAGAUCACUCGCAAUAACUAUUGAAAAGAACUUAUAGAUCUGAUCCAGAAGAGAACGAAAGCUUUGUACUUAUUACCUUGCUCCUCAUAUUGCUACUAGCCCACCUAUCCUCAUAUAGCCACGACUGAUCCAAGAAACAGUAACAAAUACAUGCAUUUGUCUGAUAUUUGAUAAUGUUAAAAAGAAACUAUAGCUCGACAGAAUUUGCAUACAUACAUAUAUAUAUAUAUAUAUGUAUGUAUAUUGCUCAA